UCAGUGGUCCGCGUUGUAGCUAAUCCCGGAAAAGGUGUUUGAAUUAGGGUGCGUUCACAUGUCUGUAUUCAUGCGAAGCACGAAAAUACAGAAACAUUAACGGUCGCUGUCCCAUAGACGUCAACACGGCUUAAAAUAGCUGACAUAAUGCGUCGUCUUGGUUCAGUGCAACAAAAGGUGCCUUGUGUGUUUCUGACGGAGGUGAAAGAGGAGCCAUCGAGAAAACGCGACUGUCAGCAAUUCCAGGUUGUGGCAACAGAAAACGUGAACCCUAGGGCACUCGAAUCAAAUAUUGACUGCGCCCUUGCCACAGAAAAGCUUGAUGGCACCUGCUGUUACGUGUCUUUAUUUAACGGAGAGCCAUAUCUCUGGGCUCGUUUAGAUAGGAAGCCCAACAAGCAAGCUGAUAAGAGGUUUAAAAGGUUUCAUCACUCUCGCAAAAACUGCAAAGAAUUUGUUUGGAAUGUGGAGGAAGACUUCAGGAAUGUUCCAGAUUCAUGGAUUCCAGCACAUGGCAUACAGCACCACAAUGGUCAGCCCGUGCCUGAUGAAAAUGGCCACAUUCCAGGUUGGGUUCCAGUGGAGAAGAACAACAAGCAGUACUGCUGGCAUUCAUCCGUGGUGAAUUACGAUGCUGGGAUAGCGCUAGUUCUGAGGCCCAGCUCAGAUGACAGUGAGCUGCUGGAAGUAGCCGCAGUCCCUCUCUCAGAUCUUCUCGAGCAAACGCUCGAACUCAUUGGAACAAAUAUCAACGCAAAUCCUUACGGGCUGGGCAGCAAAAAACGACCCGUCCAUGUUCUGGUGCCACACGGGAUACUCAGAAUCCGAAAUGCUCCAUCGGUGAAUUACCAGCAGUUGGCAGAGUGGUUUCAGGGCUGUACAGAGGGGAAAGUCGAGGGCAUUGUCUGGCACUGUAACGACGGGACACUUGUGAAGCUUCAUCGUCACCAUCUCGGCUUGAAAUGGCCUGACGGAGAAACGUUUUUAAACAAGAGGCCCGUCAUCAUCCGUGUCAACUGGGUGACAUACGAACUGGAUGUUGGAUCUGAAGACUUGUUCGCCUCUUUCUCAAACUUAAAUGGAUGCCGCUUUGACUGCAUCCAGGAUGUUCACUUUGAAAUAUGACCUUCUAAUCAUUCCUGCCUGUAUGCUCCCCCCAUCCCCCACACACACAGUAUUGGUAACCGUAUGUUUACAUAUGGCAUAAUAGCCAUUGGCAUCACAUGGUUUGCUCAUUCUGACAGUUGUGCAGCAUCAGUGUGCACGUUUUCUGUAAAUAACAAAGAACUUUAGGUUCGUUACAUGCAAGCUGAAGUUUAUUUUAACUAGUAAAAAAUCCAUAAUUAGAACAGCUUGCACAUGUUAAAUAUUUCCAAACAUCUAUUGUAUGGCAUGUUCUUCUGUACUUAAUGGUUGCAUUCCUCUGAGCCAAAUGAUCAUAGAAGUGCUUAUUAAAAAUGGUAAAUGUGUA